AUGUCGGCCGUGGACCAACUCAAGCAGCAGAAUGCUGCGCUGCAAUCAAGUAUUGGAAACAUUUCCAAAGUCGCUGGAUCGACCGCGACGAAGCCGGCUUCUACGACACCGGCAAAGACAGCGACGUCGGCUACUAAAGCUACCCCUGUGAAGAAGCCUGUUGCGACAGCUACGGAUACCGCAGGAUCAGCUGCUGCGCCAGCGAAGAGAGUACCGAGGAAGCUCAAUGCAGCGGGCGCGUCGGCUUCAACGCCAGCAAAGACCACGCCUGUGAAAGCGACCCCAGCAGCAUCCUCAACACCAGUAAAGAAGCCCGUAACCGCUGCUUCAGCAAGCAAGCCCGCCUCUACCACCACACCCGUGAAGAAAACGCCCGUCACGACAGGCAAAACACCCGUCAGCGAAGCCUCCAAGCCCGCCCGCCAACGCACCCCCCUCGGCACCACGAAGCCCCUGCCCAUACGCAAGAACCCCACAACCGGUGCCGCGCAAUCGCAGCCCGCAAGCGCAGUCAGCAAGGCGCCCGUGAAGAAGACAACCACCGCCGCGACAUCUUCCCCCGCAGCAAAGACCACUCCGGCAGCGAAAGCAAGCCCCGUCAAGCGCACACCCACCAAGGUAAACCCCGACGGCACAGCGCCCACCAAAGUAAACAUCGACGGCCAACCUACUCCUCAGUCUACUAUUGCUACCGCGAAGAAACAGCCGGGUAUCGUGGGUAAAAGCGUUAACACGGCUACGGGCACGCUGAAUAAGACUGUUGGGACGACGACGGGGGGUUUGAACACCGUUACCGAUUCCGCUACUACGGGUAUAAACAGCACGGUCAAUGGCGUGACUGGGUAUGCGGGCAAAGGACUUGAUAAGUUGCCGGGUGGUGUGGGCAAGCCGGUCAAGCAUGUAACUGAUAAUGUGGGUAAGACGGCGACGGGCGCGGUGGAUAACGCGUAUUACACUGUUGGGUCUGCGACCAAGGGGCUGCAGGGCACGGUUAGUAAGACGACGGGGGCGAUUGGUAGGGGUGAUGCGAAGGGGACUGUUGCUGGGGCAAGCAGUGGUGUUGGCAACACCGUAACAGGCGUAGGCAAAGGCGUCGGCAACACCGUCGGCGACGGUCUCGCUGGCCUGGGCAACACUGUCGGCGGCCCUGUCGGCGGCGUCGUCGGCAACGUAGGCAAAGGUGCUAACAACGCUGUUGGCGGCAUCACCAGCGGCGUCGGCGACGGCGUUAGCAAGCUCGGCAAGGGCGAUGUGAUUGGUGGUGUGGGCAGUACGCUGGGUGGUGUGGGAAAGGGUGUGGGUGGCCUGCUAGGCGGUAUCACGGGGUAUGGAGAGGAUAAGGAGAAAUGA